AUUACUUAAUUCUGUAUUUCUGAGAUUUUAACUUUUGAUAGCCUAACUGAUGGGUUCCUUUCCUAAUAUAUGCAGUUGGAUAAAGUUAAGGCAUUUGAGUUCGUGUUUGAGAUGGCCCAACACAUGCCUUUGAAGAAAUCAAGCUGUGUCAACAAAGAAGUGCCAGACUCACCUUUGCUACAUGAAAUCGUUGGCAUGAAUCCUCUGCCUUACACAAAAUGGAGGAAGCGACAGACAGGCUGCCCUAGAGCACAGCAGAGGGCAGGGGAAGCUUUGUCCAUCUCUGCCCAGCUUGACCGGCUGAUCAGGCAGCGUGGCCGGGAUCUGCGCCUGCGCCAGAUUGAGCGCAAGCCUGCCGUGAUGUUGGUCAAUAAUCUCAUCAAGGAUUUACUCAAAUUCCUGAAGGAAAAUGAAGGGCACUCUUUCUUUAGAGAUGUCUCUGUUUUCACUAGUGGAAGUUACUAUGAAUUAGUUAAGAUCAAUAAACCCAAUGAGUUUGACAUCAUGUUGAAACUUAAAACCCCACAACUUACAUGGAUGGCGCUGGAGGACUAUAAUGGACUUUUCUAUAGAGUUUCCCUCUGUCGGUCCACACGCUCAGAAAUACGGUCUUUUCUCCUAGAAGAUGAACGCACUAUCUCAUCAAGCAAAGUAAUAAAGGAGAUGCAACGCUUGGUGCACAAGUUCAUGAACACACAUCAAGUGCAUGCUGGUGAUGGAUGCUGGGUCAUUUGUAAGAAUCGGGUAAAUUCACCAGCGGUAACCCUGGCAUUCAAGAAGCACAAGGAUGAUGAUAUAGAACUGUCUGUAGAUAUUGUACCUGCCUUAGAGGUAUCACAAGGCUGGCCAGAAGCUGCUCGGAGUGGCCUGGACAUAGAUAAGUGGCUUGGCAAGAAAGCUCGGCGGAAAUUUGUUAGCCGGCCCGUUUAUUUUGUCCCGAAAAGACCUAAAUGGCGAAAGCUCAGUGAUCAUGAAAAAGAGAGCUGGAGAAUAUCAUUCUCUCACAUUGAAAAAGAAAUGAUCAUGUUCCAUGGCAACAAGAAGACUUGCUGUGAGACUAAACCAAAUGAAUGCUGCCGAAAACUGUGUUUGCGGCUUCUCAAGUGUCUGUUUGAGGGAUUGAAGAAUACAUAUCCAAAAGAACUUGAGCCUCUCUGCUCAUAUCAUGGGAAAACUGCCUUCUUCCAUAACCUUUCCCAAAGAUUUGAAGACUCUCUGUGGACCCCUGGGCAGCUUUCUCACUGUUUUAUGAGGCUUCUGGUAGACUUUGAGCAUGCAGCACAAAUUGGCUCUCUUCCCCACUUCUUUAUUCCCCAAUUCAAUCUCUUCUCUCCGGCCAGCUUUCCUAAGCGAUCUCUCCUGUUUCUGGCCAAUUCUCUGAGGGAGCAGAGGGAAUUAGGGCUUCCUCUUUUGCGUGCCCCAAGUCCUACCCCAGCCCUUUGCUGUACUCCUCCCCUUCAACUGCAGUCUGAGGAAAUAUCCCAACAACAAGUUACCUUGAGAAAGAAUGACACUAAGGCUUUUGUGAUUUGCAUUAUGAUAUUCACUUGCAUUAUAAUAUUUUUGACUGCAUAUGUGCUGAAGUAAGGUUUAUGUAUAAACCUAGCAACCAUCUUUACAGAAUCUGACCUCCUAAGACUAUAUGUAAAUAUUUAUGUUUAUUUUCUAACCAAUUUUCAGAUAAAUUAAUUUAAAUGUUUAUUGACCUGAGAACGUUAUU